CUACAACAUACCGUGGAAAUUCGCAGCCGUAAAACUCGGGCUGCACCAAGCCGAUCAGCCCUCUAGACGUGUACGAGGGAAUUUGGUCCCGAGAAUAACCACCAGCGGUAAGCUGACUCCGCUGAAAUUGCAAUGCAAAAGACCUAGCAUGCACCCGGCGCAAUGCUGAGUAUGAUGAUGUAAGGUCAAGAAAAUGCUAUAAGAACAAACAGAAUUGCUGCUCAAUUACCAUCAAGCAAUCAACAAGCAAUCCAUUCAAAGCUCCAAUUGCACAAGUAAAAGUUCAAUUCUUUUUUUCCCCACUCGAAAACACAAUGUCUCAAGUUACUACUCUUUUGCAAACUUCCCAACAACAAGCUGAGAAGCAAGAAGCUUCCCUGGUCGCUUCUGGCUGCAGCUCUUUAGCAAAGGCUUAUCCUGACUAUGUGUUUGGUGAGGACUUCAAGUUCGCUCCCAUUCGCGAGAGCAUUGUCGCUCGUGCCAUGAUCAAGCGUUACUGGAAGGACUUGGAAACUUACGCCGAAAGUGACAUUGUCAUCGUCGGUGCUGGUUCCGCUGGUCUUACCUGUGCUUAUUACAUCGGUACUCGUCGUCCCGAUUUGAAGAUUGCCAUUAUUGAGGCCGGUGUCGCCCCUGGCGGUGGUGCCUGGUUGGGCGGUCAACUCAUGUCUGCUAUGGUAGUCCGUAAGCCUGCCGAUGCUUUCUUGAACGAAAUUGGCGUUCCCUACGAGGAUGAAGGCAACUAUGUUGUUGUUAAGCAUGCUGCUCUCUUCACCAGUACCAUCAUGGCUCGUGCCCUCUCUCUCCCCAACAUCAAGCUCUUCAAUGCUACCGCUGUCGAAGACUUGAUCGUGAAGGAGGACGAAAAGGGUGAGCAACGCAUCGCCGGUGUUGUCACCAACUGGACCCUGGUCUCAUUGAACCACGGUACUCAAUCGUGCAUGGACCCCAACACUCUUAACGCUCACGUUGUCGUCUCCGCCACUGGUCACGAUGGCCCGUUCGGUGCCUUCUGUGUCAAGCGUUUGGCCAAGGCCAAGCUUAUCCCAGCUCUUGGUGACAUGAGAUGCUUGGAUAUGAACCGUGCUGAGGACCACAUUGUUAAGGGUACUCGUGAGAUCUAUCCCGGUUUGAUUGCCACCGGAAUGGAGCUUUCCGAGGUCGACGGCCGCAACCGCAUGGGUGCCACUUUUGGUGCUAUGAUGUUCAGCGGUGUCAAGGCUGCUCAAACCGCCCUUUCCAUCUUCGACGAGCGCAGAGCUUUGAACGAGAAGCUUGAGGGUGUCCACCACUAAGCCUCGAGUCUUAUGAAUGUUUUCUAGAGUAGUUUUGUCUUCUUCUUCUUCUUCUUUCCGUUCAGUACUUCUUAUGAACCAAUAAACUUUUUUGC